AUGAUGAAUUUCUGGAAAAACAGUAAAAAAUUAUUACUUUCAGAGUAUCACAAAAAUUCAUUGAUAAAGACAUUAGAAACGAGUAAUGGGACGAGAUCUUAUUCGCUCAUUUUUCCUUUAUUCAAACCCGAUCAGCAUAAUCAUUUAUGUUGCAAAUUACUCGGUAAAUGGCCCAACACUUACACUUACUCAAAAGCAAUUUGUGAAGACACUGUACGGGAAUAUUCAAGAGGACUUCCAACUUGCAUCGUUCGUCCAUCCUCUGUUUUGGCAACGGAAAAGGAUCCGAUUGUCGGUUGGAUAAAUAAUCUCUACGGUUUGACUGGCAUCGCGAUAGGCGUUAGUUUAGGUAUCAUACGUGUAAUGAAUAUAUAUAAGGAAUUAUUCCAUGACAUUAUUCCCGCUGAUUAUGUAGUCAACAAUAUCAUCGUGUCAACAUGGAACACCGCGAAAAAAGGAUCUAUAUCACCGGUUAUUACUAAUUUCGAUAAAGAUGACGAGUCCUUAACAGUUGACGCGGAAGAGAUUCCAAUUUAUAAUAUCGUCUCCUCUGUUCAAAAUCCAGUGGAUUGGAAUUACUGUAUAUUAAAAUUGUUGGAAAUUGCUUCUAUUAUACCAUUUACAAAAUACUUAUGGUACCCCUUCUUUUUAGGAUUGAAAAAUGAAUACUUUGUCUAUUUAUCCAUAAUUUUACUUCACUGGAUACCAGGAUUGAUAGUCGAUUCACUAGCUUUUCUCGUCGGAAGAAAACCAAGGUUAUUAAAUAUUUAUAGGAAGAUGCAUAAUUUGACCAAUGUAAUGAAUUUCUUUACAACACAUCAAUGGGAAUUCUCGAAUGAUAAUGUUUCGAAGCUAUGGAAUAAACUAUCUGUUGUCGAUAAGAAUAAAUUCUUCUUUAAUAUUAGCGAUCUCGAUUGGGAUUCUUAUUUUUUAUCGUAUACUAAAGGAGUUCGAGUAUUUCUGCUAAAUGAUCCUUUGGAGACGAUAAAUGAUGCUAAAAUUUUCCAUAAAAGAUUGCGAAUAAUUCAUUAUACGACGGGAAUUGUCCUAUUAAUUUUGUUACUUUGGGGUCUCUACUUGUUAUUAAAGUUUCUUUAUGCAUCUUUAUUAUCCUUCUGAGCAUCCAAAAACAUGAGAGGACGCAAGAACGAAAACGGGAUAUAAACGGGUCCUCGAUUUAAGAUUGUAUGAAUUUAUUUUUUCUUUGGUGAUCGUGACAUACAGUUAAUUUUGAAUUUUGCCGCCUUUCCAUUUGUAGAUGAUUCGGUAUUACCAUAUGAAUCUGUCUAUAUAAUGAUGGCACCAGUUCGUAUCGCUUCCCUUAACCAUUUAUUAUUUAUGUAUAAUUAUCGUCUAAUGUAUAAAUUUAUUUCCGGAUAUAAUGAUCAGAAUAACUUAACAUUAAAUUGUAAUAACAUAACAAAACUCUUUAAUAAAAUAUAUUUCAAUGUGA